AUGCAAUUCAAACUCUUGACUCUCGCUCUCUUUGCCAGCUUCUUUGCUACUGGUUUUACCGCACCUAUCUAUCCUGGAUUAACAGAAGCAGAAAGUAUAUCUAUCAGCCCACUCGUCCAAACUUUGGGACUUACAGACCCGACUAAAGAACAAGCUGAUUGUAUAGGCAAGGUUGCAAAAAAUUAUAAACAUUUGUUUUUCGAUGGUGUGGCUACACUUCCAGCAUUUGCAAAUAUAACCAAAGCCAAGUUUAAUGAAUUAUACCAAAAAUGUCUCCAAAAUCUAAUAGGUUUUAAAUAUAGCGAUGCUCAUGGUGUUAGUCGUGGCUUACAGUGA